CGCCCUGCGGGCGGGCAGGGCAGCAGCAGCGGCCGGACCAUGGCUUGAAGCAGCAGCGCUCCGCUCUUUUUCCUAUUUAUUUACCCUGAAAAGCGGCGGCGACGAACGGAGUGUCAAGGAUGAGAUCCAUCAGGACGAGAACUUUAUUGAUAGCUGGAGCUCUGUGUGUGCUUGUCCUACAUCUCUGUAAAGACUUCAUCGAUCACAAAACCAUAAAUCUACACGCACAUUUGGAAAAUGACAGUGGCCAACGAAUCAGCCAUCCCAUCAAAGAAAACCCUUUCGUGUACUCCUGGCCGACAUGUCAACAGAAUCUGUCUGCCGCCAACAUCACGGGCUUCAGCACCCUCCCUGAGGCCAUGAGGGAUUUUCUCUAUUAUCAGCACUGUCGCCAUUUCCCCCUGCUGCUGGAUCUUCCCAACAAAUGUGGAGGAGCCGACAGAUCUGGAGAAAUCUUUCUUCUGCUGGUCAUCAAAAGCUCCCCCGGGAACUAUGAACGCCGUGAGGUGCUGCGCAAAACGUGGGCGAAGGAGCGGUUGCACAACGGUGCGUGGAUUCGGAGGGUCUUCAUCACGGGAGUGUCGGGUGUUGGUUUCGAGAAGCAGAGACUGAAAAAGCUGCUGCAGCUCGAACAGCGAGAGCACAAUGACAUCCUGCAGUGGGACUUCAGUGACACCUUUUACAACCUGACCCUGAAGCAGAUCGUCUUCUUGGAAUGGAUGGAAAGGAACUGUCCGAACGCUCGCUUCCAUCUGAAUGGCGACGACGACGUCUUCGCCAACACUGACAACAUGGUCGAGUAUCUCCAAGGCUUACACGACAAUGAUGGGAGCAAGCAUUUGUUUACCGGGCAUCUGAUUCAAAAUGUGGGGCCCAUCCGCUCUCCAGGGAGUAAAUAUUUCAUCCCCGUUCAGGUUCAGGAGUCAAACCAGUACCCCCCUUACUGUGGUGGAGGGGGCUUCUUACUGUCUGGCUACACAGCCUUGGUCAUAUACAAUAUGUCUAAGACCAUUCCCAUUCUUCCGAUCGAUGAUGUUUACAUGGGGAUGUGUCUCGCCAAAGCAGGGCUGAGUCCUGCCUCGCAUAUGGGCGUGAAGACAGCAGGACUGUACAUUCCUUCCCGCGGACUGGACGGAUACGAUCCCUGCUAUUACAGAGAGAUGCUGUUGGUACACAGAUUCCUUCCAGUUCAGAUGUAUCUGAUGUGGCACAGAACACACGAGCCAAAUCUAAAAUGUAAUCCAAGAAAAACCUUUGGUAUCACUACACAGCCCAGCAGGCUAUAGCGAAGCCUGUGAAAUGUCUCGUUUUCUAUUUGUGUGGGCAGUGCAUGCUGGGAGUGACUUGAUUUCUACUUUGGUUUACUGUUUCAAAUGUUUGAGGCAAACCCUUGCUUCACAUCAGACUUUAAUGUCCGCAACAUCUGAGAACAGAUAUCUGACGAUGGUAAAUCAUUGACUUUGUUAUUUUAUGGGAGGUGCGUGGGACACAUUUCAGCUCCCCUGAUGAAUGUAUGCUCAGUUUGUUUCUCUGUUCUUGUGAACUUCUUGUUUACUUGCUGAUUGACCGGUCCUGAUUCCUCUUUCUCCCAUGCUGAAGGUUUCCAUCCCAGUUUGUCUCAUGUUGCUGUGCCUUGCUAAUAGACCAAGUUCAUCUCUGCCUUAAAUUUAGUGCCAUCAAGUGGCGGGGUUACAGAUUGCAUCCAAUUCAAUCCUUAAGACCCUGAAAUGAACCAAAAACUUGCAAAAGUUGUUUUAAUUCAAGGUGCAUUAUAGCAUGCUUUCUGGGAGAAGGCCUGGCUCCUCUGUUAAUAUGAAGAGCUUCAUCCAGGGGUUGAUGAGAGGGGAGAGCUUGAGCCUUCCUCGAAGGGCUCACUCUCAUGCUGCUCAAGUAGUAAUAUUACAUUAAAGGAUCACUUAUUUUAUUGUCUGAUGUUUUACAUCAGACAAUAUUCUUAUUUUAAGACUCGGUCUGGAUGCCUCUGGAGGUACAUGAGAUUUUUCCGUGGCCCCUGCAACUCAGACAAGUUCACAUUUUGUUUUCUUUAACUAUGUCACUCAGCAAAGAAAAGCUUCAAAGGAAGCUUAUCUCAUCAGUCUUCGUGGCUGUUAUGACACUUAAAUGAGAUAAUUCAGUUGUAUGACCCCUACAAUAUCCCUUCUGCUUUCAUAAUUCCAAACCACACCUCUCGGAUAGAGAUAGAUCCAAGAAGAUACAUUCAGUUCCGUUUGAUUUUUAAAGUCAUUUGCUUUUACUGCCAAUGAUUCAGGUUUACCUGUGUGUCACGUGGUGAAAAAUUAACAAACAACACAGCAAUGAAGAAAGUGCAAAAUCAUAGCAGUUGCUAAAGGUAACUAAAACUGUAUAAUUAACCAAAGCUACUUAAAUGUCUGUAAAUUGCUGAUUUUUCAAAAACUUCUAAAAUAGCUAACACCACUUAAAAGGUAAAACUGCUAAAGAUGACUCUAAAUGUUUAUACUUCUAAAAACAUACCAAAUAGGACAAACAGCUAGAACUGCUGAAAUGGUUCAAUAGUUUAACAGUCAAAUUGUAAUUUAUUUUUGACAGUUCUUAUAUUGCUUAAUUCAGCAUAAGGUACAGUUAUGGUGAAAAUAGUGUUUGUAUAUCUCCAUUUUGUAAGCUGCGUUGCUUUCAUUUCAACGAUUAAACAUAUUGCAGGUCCAGACAGAUUGUGUUUGAUGGAAAGUUUGUGUGUGUGUGUGUGUGUGUGUGUGUGUGUGUGUGUGUGUGUGUGUGUGUGUGUGUGUGUGUGUGUGUGUGUGUGUCUGUGUGUGUGUGUGUGGGCGGGAGAUGUUAACAGAAGCACAACAACUCAUGGUUUCAGAGUGACUGGUACAAAUGAUCCAAAAUUAAUACUCAAUUUCUUUUUCUGGCCACGCCGUAGAGAAGCAGUGGAUUUACUUUAUUUGUUGCCACAAACGAGUGCGUUAGUUGUGAAAGUAAAUCUUGCUGAACUGGAUGUUUUUGAUUCUCGAAUGAAGCAAGAUUAAUGACUGGAUAACAAUAAUAAACUGAUACAAAACAGCUGACAGAGGCGACCUUUAUAUAAACUCCUCUAUUAAAAGUGAGCUUACGUUGACGUGGAGCCAAUCCGCCACAGCUACUGUUACAACUGAUAACAAGAACAUGUUAUUGCUACUAACAGCCUGACAUAUUUCAUGUUGCCGGAGGAAUGGUUUCGAUGGGGAUUAGUUUCUCCAGUGAACGGCUUCGACAAAUAUCAGUGCCAGCAGUGGAAUCCAUGCAAGACGCCUGAAACAAGCUCCCAAAAAACAAAAUGAUGAUUAUACCAACCUUUCAUUUAACCUAUGGACAGAUGUUUGUAAGAAAAAAAAAAUGCCAUAAAAGUGUAACUAAAUUGAAGUUGUGUUGGUCCUUCUUGGAUAUGACAAGGCAGGGUGUGAAGAUGUUAACAGAAUGACAUUUUGAUGCAAAUCUAAGAUCUCUUCAUUAAAGGUGCAUUAAGGAGUUUGCACAUUUUAUGCGAAACAGCACCCCCUGCAGGCCUUGGGCGUAAUGCAGCUUCGUGAAAAACUCGUCCCUGUGACUUGCGUGCACGGA